AUGGUAGAAUCAGCCCCAGCUCAAGCCGCCGCGCCGGCCAAAGCGGCCAAGAAGAAGGUCGUGGCCAAGCCCAAGCCGAAGAAUGCUGGUUCCAGCGUGACUGAGCUCAUCGUUAAAUCAGUGGCCGCGUCCAAGGAGCGGAGCGGCGUGUCCGCCGCCGCUGUCAAGAAGGCUCUGACCGCCGGAGGAUACGACGUGGAAAAGAACAACUCCCGCGUCAACACCGCCAUCAAGAACCUGGUGAACAAGGGGACUCUGGUCCAGACCAAGGGGACCGGGGCCUCCGGCUCCUUCAAGAUCAGCAAGCAGGCUGCUGAAAACCCGGCAAAGAAGGUCGCUCCCGCAGCCAAGAAACCCACAGUAGCGAAGAAGCCCAAAGCAGUGGCCGCAAAGAAGUCACCGAAGAAGGCCAAGAAGACCGCUGCGGCCAAGAAAUCCGCAGCGGCUAAGAGCCCAAAGAAAGCAGCAAAGAGCCCCAAAAAGCCCACCAAGAGCCCCAAGAAGGUGGCGAGGAAGGCCCCCACAGCCAGGAAGGACCCCGCAGUCAAGAAGACCCCCGCCAAGAAGGCUGCUAAGCCUAAAGCCAAAAAGGCAGCACCCAAGAAGACGUGA